AUGCACGUUCUAAUUACUUUCUUUUCUACCAACAUAUUGUAUCUUACUUUUUCACCCUUUGCUACCUCGGUUUACUUCAAAAUCUCAAGUAGUUUUGGUUCUAACAAUAACGAAAUCCUAUAUAGAGGAAGUGCAGUGCCUUCUUCUGGAGCUGUACAGUUUACCGAUGUGAAUUAUGUGUGCCAAGUAGGCCAAGCCAUCUACGGCGAUAGAGUUCAAAUGUGGGAUUCCAGCUCAGGGAAAGUCUCAGAUUUCUCUACCCGUUUCUCCUUCACCAUUGACACCGACGAUCAACCCACCUCCAACUAUGGAGACGGGUUUGCAUUCUUUCUUGGCCCCGCGGAUUUCCAAAUCCCACCCAACUCUGCUGGUUCCUUUCUUGGUCUCUAUAACUUAUCUAAUUACAGAGAGUCAUCCCAAAAUCACAUGAUCCAUGUCGAGUUCGACAGUUUUGUUGACACUGAUUGGGAUCCUUUAUAUGAACAUGUUGGCAUAAACAAGAAUUCCAUCUUUUCAGCUAACACCACCGCUUGGAGUGCUGGCAACCACAGCGGAGAUGUUGCUGAGGUUACAAUCUCUUAUAGUGCUCAAACAAUGAUGAUGAUAGUAUCUUGGACUUACAAUGCUCAAACCCCUUCGGAAACUUCAAGCGUUUCCUAUCAUGUUGACCUUAAGGAGGUUCUGACUGAAUGGGUGAUCGUAGGCUUUUCCGCUGGCACCGGCAUCCUUGUAGAGAAAAAUACGCUUUUAUACUGGGAGUUCAAUUCAAGCUUAAAUGGUAAAUGGCGAAGCCCCGAAGAGAGAUCCGGUAUAUCAGGAGACUUAGUUCCUGGUGCCAUAGGUCUCAUUAUUGGUAUGGUCAUAGCCAUGAUUAUUGGCAUAGUGAUCUUCAUGAUUUUCAAGAAGGGUUGGAUAAUAGGUAAUGGACGAAGCACCAAUGAAGCCACACAAGAGGAAAUUAAACUGAUCGCAAUACCCAGUAGUGCUAAUAAAGAAAGUGAAACAACGCCUUCACCACUGGAAUAUUCUUACUCUGAUCUCCAAUUGGCAACAAACGACUUCUCCGAAGACAACAAGUUGGGUGAAGGAGGUUUUGGCGGUGUUUACAAGGCACGUCUUCCAAUUUCAGUCCACCAGGAGGUUGCUGUGAAGAAGAUAUCAGAACGUUCUACACAAGGACAAAACGAGUACGCAGCUGAGGUGGCGACCAUAGGCAAACUGAAACACCCUAAUUUGGUGGAACUUGUAGGUUGGUGCGAAGAGGAAGGUAAGUUCUUGCUUAUAUACAAAAUAAUGCCAAAUGGUAGUCUUGAUUCUUACCUCUUUAGCAAUAAAGGCCCUCUUGGUUGGUCCAAUCGAUAUAAAAUAGCUAAGGGUUUGGCAUCUGCAUUACAUCACCUGCAUGAGGAGCAAGGUGAAAAAUAUGUUCUUCAUAGAGAUAUCAAACCAAGCAAUGUGAUGCUGGAUUCAGAGUUUAAUCCGAAGCUUGGAGAUUUUGGUUUAGCUCGACUUAAGAACAGCAAUGAGCAAAUCUCAAAAACUACUAAAGUGGCUGGAACCUUGGGAUACUUCGCACCUGAGUAUGUUACUUCACGUAAAGCUAGCAAGGCAACAGAUAUGUAUAGCUUCGGUGUCACUGUAUUGGAAAUUGGGAGUGGGAGAAGUGUGGAGAACCAAAUCUCGGACAUGGACUUGGUAGAAUGGGUUACGCAUUUAUACCGAGAGAAGCAACUUCUUUUAACAGUUGAUGAGAGGCUAUCGCAUGACGUUAAUGAGAAACAAUACAAUUGUUUGAUGACUGUAGGGUUGUCAUGUACACACCCUGAUCCAAGUAAACGAUUAACCAUUGCAGAAGUAAUUCGAGCAUUAAAAAAUGUUACUCCGCCUGAAGUCCCCGAAAAUAUGCCUACUCCCCGAUUAUAUGACACACCCACUAAUCAUGCAUCUACUUCAAAAACAAAGUCAUAA